UUUGAGGUUAAUUCAUGUUUACUUAAUAUGUCAAAGCGUAGUUUUUUUUUUCUAAACGAAAUGUAUGAAUAUUAUAAAUAGUGAAAGUGUCUUAGUGAAAUGAAAUCCUCGAAUAAUUGUAAAUUGAUUCAGAAAGCUAUGUAAGGAAAUUUAGAGCUUUACUUAUAAUAUCAAAAAAAAAAAAGUCAUGUUUUUUCCAAUAGGUUGGCCACGAGUCUUAAACUCGUCGGAGCCUGAGAAAAUUCGUGCUGUUGUAUGUAAUAGAGAUAAAAUUCUAUUCUCCAUUCUUACAUCAAAUUCAUUAGCCAUCUGGUAUUGUAAGCCAUGUGUUCCAAUUGUGUUUAUAAAACGUCCACCGGAUUCCAUAGAAAAGUAUGGAGAAAAUACUUUAAUUCAAUGGAGACCGGACUCCAGUAUGUUGGUUAUCUCCACUUCCGAUAGUUAUUUAUUGUUCUAUCGUCUUUCCUAUAAUGGUCCGGAUGCUCAUGGUCUUUAUGAGCAACGUGAUUCACCAGUUACAAGUUUAAGACGAGACAGCGCUGAGCUUUUUAUCAAAGAAGUUAUUCCAUCAUUGACAUUAAAUUUUGAAAAAUCUGCAUGGAUUGAUGGUGGAAUAAGUUCUUUAGUUUGUAUUCGCGAUGAACUUAUGGUUGCAACAAAAACAAGUCAUAUCCUACGACAUAAAUGGGACGGCACAGUAAAUCGUGAUUAUUCUUUGGAUUUGGGGAGAAUUCCAUUUAGUGUUGAUCAACAAAUAUCAACAGUCGCUGUACCAAUAACGGAAAAUAAUGUUUUUGUCAAGGAUAUUGAAUAUUCACCUCUAGUUGGAGGAUUCGCUAUUGUUUUAAGCAAUGGAAAAGCUGCAUUCCUAACUGCUCAAUCUUUAAAGUUCGAUCCAAAUCAAGUACAAGGUAUUUGGGCAAAAGAUUUAGACGAUGCAACAUGUGCUGCAGUUAAUCAUAAAUAUCGCUUAAUUGUUUUUGGUAGAAGAAAUUCCGAAGGUGUUGUUUAUUAUGUCGAUGAAACAACAGGAGGAUUGGAGAUUUCUCAUAAUUUAAGUUUAUCGUCGAAAGAUUAUCCAGGAAAGCCGGGACAAGUGACUUGUUUACGAUGGACUCCAGAUAGUUGUGCAAUAGCAAUGGCCUGGGAGGGUGGUGGUCUAGCUAUUUGGAGUACAUUUGGAGCACUUCUUCUUUGUUCAUUAAAAUGGGAUUAUGGUUUAAGAGUCGAUCUUGCACGCGAUAAUCCUCUUCACAUUCACACAAUGGAAUGGUCCGCGGAGGGAUAUCAAUUGUGGAUGUUGAGAGAAUCUCCUUCGCCUGCAUUGGAACAAAAUGGAAAUAAUGAAAUUAGUAAUACGCGAACUUUAAUUCAAAUGGAUUUUGUCAAAAGUCCUUUAACUGUUAAUCCAUGCAUGGGCCAUCAUGGUCAUUUAUAUUUACAAGGCGAGGAUCGUCUUUAUUUAAAUCUUGGAAGUGGCGUUUCAACAUACAAUGGAAGUUUUCAUCUCACAAAUGAAACGCCUUUAGAUAGUUCCUUACAGACACUUUCUGGUUCAAAACAAUGGUUAGUUGUUCCUAUUCCAAUUGCUUAUAGCGGCUCCAAUUGGCCAAUUCGAUUCACGGCAAUUGACAAUGAAGGCCUAAGUAUUGCCGUAGCUGGACGAACAGGAUUGGCGCAUUAUUCACUUCCAUCGCGAAAAUGGAAAUUAUUUGGCAAUGAAACACAGGAACGUGAUUUUAUAGUAACUGGCGGUUUAUUGUGGCAUCGUGGAUUUCUUAUUGUCAGUAGCUAUUCAUUAUUGGAGGAUAAAGACGAAAUAAGAAUUUAUCCACGCGAUAUGCGUUUGGAUAAUAGUUAUGUUAGAAGUAUAAAAAUGCCAUCUCAGGUACUUUUGCUCAAUACAACGAAAAAUCAUCUUUUAACAUUUUGCGCAAACGCUCAAAUUAGUAUCUACGACAUGGUGCUCGAUGGAAAGGAAGGUACAGGGAGUCUUGAAUUAAUGAGAACGCAAACAAUUGAUAUUAGUGGACUUUGUGUUCAUCCGGCUUGUGUUGUGAGUGCAACAUUGACGACAAUUCGUGCGGAAACUGCAGGAAGUCAUCCACAUCCCGAGAGUCUUUUGUUAAACGUUUCUGGAAGACUUCUGAUGGUUCAACGUGAACAUUGUACCGACAAUUCGGAAGUGUUGUUUACCUGUGGUGCUCCAACUGUAUUGGCGUCGUGCGUUGAAAAUGUCUGGGUACCUUGGCGAUCAAGACGUGACAAACCACAUUUAACAGAAGCUCUCUGGCUAUUUUGUGGUGCUCAUGGAAUGCGCGUUUGGCUUCCAUUAUUCCCACGUAAUCAACAAGACAAAACACACACAUUUAUGAGUAAAAGAAUAAUGCUACCAUUUCAUUUGAGAAUCUAUCCAUUGGCUAUUUUAUUCGAGGAAGCAAUUUUACUUGGCGCUGAAAAUGACACAGUUCUCUAUACUUCUGACACGCAUUCUCUUUUUUCGUUACCAUUCUGUUUACUCGAACUCACGAGUCAAGUUUAUCUACAUCAAAUUCUACGACAAUUGAUUCAACGUAAUUUGGGUUAUCACGCAUGGGAUAUAGCGAGAUCGUGUUCGGCAUUACCAUAUUUUCCCCAUUCAUUGGAAUUACUUUUACAUGAGGUACUUGAGGAAGAGGCAACAAGCAAGGAACCAAUACCCGACGCUCAAUUACCAUCGGUUGUUGAAUUUAUUCGUGAAUUUCCCGGUGUUUGGGCACGAGCUGUUGUACAAUGUGCAAGAAAAACGGAAAUUGCCCUUUGGCCAUAUUUAUUCUCAGUGGCUGGACCGCCAAAAAAAUUAUUACAAGACUGUCUACAACGUCAGGAACUCGAUACGGCGGCAAGUUAUUUAAUUAUUUUACAAAAUUUAGAACCAUCUUCAGUGAGUAGACAGCAUGCGACAUUGUUACUUGACGCCGCUUUGGAGCAAGGACGAUGGGAAUUGUCGAAAGAUUUAGUUCGCUUCCUCAGGGCGAUUGAUCCAAAUGACGUUGAAUCGCCACGAACUUCUUGGGGUGCAACAUCAAAAUUAGGAGGAGGUCCACCGCAAACUCCGCCGAUUUCAACUCAGGAAGAUGAUUUAUCACUUGUUUUGGGAACAAUGCAGGUGUCAAGAAGUCGAAGUUACAGUACAACUGUUUCUCCAAAAAUGCAAACUGAAACUGGAAAUAAAGAACAAACACCAUCGUCAAUGUUGGAGAAGACAAAAAAUGUUGUAAUGAGACGAAAAAAAUCGGUACCAAGUGUCAAAGCCGAGAAGAAUGAUAACAAAGAAGGAUCAGCGGAGGAAUUUUUUAUUGAUGUAAUUUUGCAGAGACAUGCACGACGUUUAUUGUCAGCGCGACGUUUAACUGAUCUUGGACGUUUUGCGGCGCGUCUUGAUUUUCAUUUAGUUACAUGGUUAGCACGCGAGAGAGAUCGUGCGGCAAAAUUAGAUGAUUUUGUCGUUGCCUUAAAAGCCGUCCAUGAGGAUUUUAUUUUUCCCUAUCCAUUAUUGACAUUGCCAACUUUAAAUAAAUUUCGUCGUUCAAGUAUUAAUUCAUUGAAAUCAAUUCGUUCGUCAACGUUCGAUAGUCCAGAGGAGGUUAAUAUGAUUGUUGAUUUUUCCGAUAGUGGCUAUACAAGUUUACCAAGUAGUCGUCCACCUUAUACAAGUUUAAUUUCACCUGUUGCAAGUCUUGAGACACAGUUUCCUGUUACUGAAGCGAAUCUCACUUCUCAAAUGCUUCAAGAUACAAAUAGUGUGAUCAGCGACACGAGUACAGUUUGGAAAGAUGAUAUUGAAUCAAUUGUUGGAACGGGAGUUGGAAAUUGUUGGGUGACAACGGAGCCAAUAGAACCAAUUGAAAUUCACGUUCCUUCGCCUGUGGGUCCAGUUAGUCGGGCUGAGGUUCAAUUACGUUAUCUUUUGCAAUUGUUCCUUGAAGCUGGCUGCCUUGGAUGGGCCGCUAUUUUAGCCACCGUUUUAAGAGACGCUCCGGCUAUGUCAAGAACAGUUAGAGCAGCUUACGCGCCAAUGCAAACACUCGAAUCUGCUAUUAAUUUACGAGAUGGUCUUCAAUUAUUGACACGAUGGUCACACAAUGAAUGCCUUGGAUAUCGAUCCUACAUGUCAGGAAUUCAGGGUCAAAUAUCGUUGCUCAAUCGUUUAAUUAUAACGAAACAACAACAGGAGCAAGAAAUUCCCGAGAGUCCAUCGCCAAGUCCUGCACCAUCAGCUGGUAGUCAACAACGAGGUAAUGUAUCACGUUCACUUAGUCAUACAUCGCUCGAAGAAGAAAAUUCUCUCGAUUCACCGAGUUUUGAAGAAACAAGUAUUCGCGGUAGUCACAGUAAUUUAAAAGAUUUGGAUACUAAUUCCUCACAGUCUGGAUGUUUGAUUUCUUAAACAGGGUUCAAAAAAAAAAAAUAAUAAUAAUUUUGCUCUUUAGAGAAUUAAAAAAGAAACAAACUCACUAGACGAAUUAUUAUUAUUAUUCAAAGAGGAAAAUUUGUACAUAAGAUGUUUGUAUAAUUUUGUAGAUAGAAUAUGAAUUUAAGAUUCCGAAUUUCCAAGAAUUGUUUAAAAAAAAAAAAUGUCUCUCCUAUAAACGUGAUAAUUGUUGAUGCAAUCAAAGUCAAUAAUGAAUCCUGCAAAGUGCUCAUGACUAUUUUUUUUUGACAUAGAAUUUUAUUUUUCUGUAAUUCAGUAUAAAAAACAAAACUAGCCAUUAAUUGAUAAUCAAAUAAUUUUUAAAUAGUAAAAUUAUAUAAUUUUAAUAUUUUUGUUAAUUUUCGCUUGAAAAAUUUUGAAUUUUCCUUUCAAAUUUUGUUAUAUAUAAAAUAAAUAUAACAAAAUUUGGUGCGAAUUUACAAAAAAAAAAAAAAUGAAUUUUAAAGAAUCCGACUGAGAAAAAAAAAUAUUUUUUUCAUAUUAACGUAGAGCGAACAAAUAUUUAAAUGUUUUAAUUAUAGAAAACGUCCAAUUAAUUAACUGUAAAUGUAAUUAGAAUUUUUUCGAUUCUAAUUGCGGGGUUAAAACUUGAGUCCAAAAAUACUUAUAUAUAUUUUACCUUGAUAAUUAAAAAACCAUUUUAAUUUUUUUUUUUUAAACUAUUUUUACAAAUGUAGAUGACUUUUCUUUUAUAUAUUAUUUUAACUAAAAAAAAAAAAGUAUUUUCUAUUUUUCUUCUACAAUUUAAUUCAUUCAAUUUUAAUAUUUAAAAAACAAUAUAAAUAAUAUAUAAAUAUAUUUAGUAAAUCGUGAUUUUAAUGCCAAAAAGUAGAAUUGCUCUAUUAAUAAAAAGAAAGGGCCAAAAAAAAGAAUAUCUAUUUCUAAUAAAUUUUUCUUCAUUUAUUUUGUCUAUCGUUCUAAAAUUAUUAUUAUACAAUUGAGAAAAUAUUUCUUGGUCAAUUUUCGAUAUGUACCUUCCUAAAAGUCAAUCUUUUUAUUUAGAAACAAAAAAAAAUUAUUCCACGAAUUUGUGUAAGAUUUUAUUUUUUAGAGAAUAUUAGUCGUGUUAAGUAUAUAAUGUGUGAAUGUAAAAAAAAAACAAUGUAGAAUGACAAUGUGUGUUAUGAAUGAAAUUUAACACCAAAAGUUAAUUAACAAUUUGAGCAUUUAUAAAUCCUGUACAAUAGGAGACAAAAUAUACUUAUUAUAUUUUCCCAAA